AUGCUAUUUAAAAUUGACUGCUCAACUAUUGAAUAAAGCAAAAAGAUUCUAAUUACCAACAUUGCUCAAUUCCCAAUUUUGGUAAGAAUAUUAGACCACAAUGCCUAUAACUUUAUUCCAACUUUCUCAUUACUAAAAAGAGAUGAAUGUAAAUAUUUCCAGAUACUGAAAAAAUAAAAUUUCAAUGAUUAUCGAGAUAUUAUUAUCGAUGCCAUUGAGUUUGAAGAAAGCAAAAUUGAUUCUUUCUCUGUUCCACCGUUUUGGAACGAAAAAGUUCAAGGUUGCCUGUAGAAAUAAUCUCUUUCUCUGCCUGCUGCUUCUAAUGAAAACAGAUCUAACUCUUUCAUCUCAUAUGAAAGGUUGCCAUCCAUUAAUCAGACAUUUUUGGAAUCGAAGGUAGGAUAAAUUAAUAAUGACAUCCCUAUUAAAUUCAAUUCUCAAACUCUUAAAUAGAAAGGUUCCAACAAUGAAACCGAUUCAUAAUUCAAUUAACCAAGAUUAAAUUCCUUAUAGUCUUAACAAUUUAACAACUCAAUACGCAUUGGAGAGGAGAAUAAAUUUCAAAAUUCAACCAAUAGUUUUGAAUCAUAUCAUUAAAACCUAACCAAAACUGUUCAACAACCAAUAAUUUCCAUGCCAAAUGAUCUCAAUUAAUUUUUAGAUCAAAUAGAUUAAUACGCCAGUCCCUUCUAACAUCUUACACCCUCUUAGUAACUAUCCUAAACUCCUUCCCAAAAAAACAUUAGUGACAAUGCAUAGCAAGACUUGAGUUUAAGUGAUACUACUUCGAUUUAGAGAUUUGAAUAAAGAAAACAAUCGUACUUAUAGUAAAGCAAAUCUUAAUUUAACGAGAAACCUAAAUUAAGAGUCUCUCAAACUUUGAUAGCUCAUCCAAAGUCAGGCAUUGAAAGCUAGAAACAUUUUGACAAAAAUAAGGAGAUUGAAUCCUAAAUCUAAAAAUAAAUUGCAGAAUUGAGAAUUAGUAAAGAUACACUUUCAACCGAAUUGUAAUAAUUGAAAUUUAAAGCUAUGUUCCAUACCAAAAACAAACAAUCAACUUAUUAGUAUGAUAUAUACAUAUGGCAUUUGCUCUUGACUAGUGUCGUAUUUCUUAUUAUAGGGAGUGUACUAAAAAAAAUGUUCUCACAAUUUUGA